AUACCAUCUGCUCCAUCUUACCACGGGACCCCCUCCAAGAAUUGUUCUCUUGCUACAUCUACAUUGACCAGCCUGCAACAGCUGUGUUCCCCCACAGACAACCUUGACUAGAGCACGGAAGGCUGAGAUCACGACGCAAAGCUUAUCGGGCUUGCUGCACAGACUCAAAGCCAAUCCGACGAGCGGCUGGUCGCUAAGCACUGGUUGCUACUUCCAUUCCAACUAAGAGGAACCUUACUUUAUGGUUGUGAUCGCUGCUCCAGCUAGCUUUAAUCCUCACACCACAAUCGCCUUCGACCGCCACACAGUAUGGCCGGCGAAAGCUCUACCGUCUCGGACCAAGUACUGCAAUGGUAUUCCAAACUCUUCAGUCGCCGUGUUGAUCUCGUUGGCGACUUCGCAGGCAGCGAACGGUUUUUGAUCCACGGUGAGGCGCUUCUACGCCAUUGCUUCAGCGAUGCACAGAUCGACUUCGAACCUGGGCUACAGCUUCUGCACGCCUCGUAUGCAGUAGAGAAGUUCCUGCAUGGGCUUGUCUCCCGCCGCUGCAACUUCCACAUUGCUUUCUUCGAUGAAUACCAAGAUCUUUGUGUGCCUCAAGAUGCGUCGUCUUCCGUUAGCGAGAAGUAUUUACUCGCACGUGCGGCCAUCAUCCGCCACCUGCAGGUCAACCUGGGUCCAGUGCACCCAGAUAUCGAGAUCAAGGUGUUCCCCUCAACAACAUCUGAAGCGUUUGAGGAGUAUCUCAGCACGACAGAUGUGUACUUCGUCCUGUGUCACGAUGGAGCCUCCACAAAGGAUGUUCGCAGAAAGGGACUUCUACAGAAAAACACUGACUCGCCCAAGGGCGGAGACAAGAGCCUGCAGGAACGUCACGAGCAACACAAGUUGUCGCUUCGCACCUUCAUCUACGGCAUGAUGCAAAGAGGGUACAGUGCUGCCCUCGUUAAUGGAUUGGAAUUCCAGGAUACCAAGGCCAUUGCAUCGGUGCUUGAACACUCGCGCGCAAUGACUUUGGAGCUUCCAAAGACUACAUCAUCGACAACCAAUGCAAGUGAAGAUACUGCAGCCUUGAAAGAGUCGCUUUCGACGAUUAAAUCGUCCAAUGAACAUGCUUUCACAGAGCGGGAGUACUUGGCGGUGCUUGUUGCCGCCAAGUUUGCGUCGAAGUCGAAGGACCACCAGGACUUCGCCGUCGCAUUGCUAAGCCAUACAGCAUUUCUCUCUGAGCUAAGCCUACCCGACCGAUUGAUGCAAUACGAAGAGCCGUCGCAGGAAUCCCUUACCUUGACUCUUGAGUUUUGCCAAGAAGCUCGCACAAUCCUUGCUCAGACAGCGUGGGUCGAGGAAGCUGGCAAGCUGGCCGCAGCUUGCGAUGUCGCAGACCUCAUUGACGGACGCUUGUUCGCAUCCUGCCUCCAGAGUUCGUCAACUUCGACCUCAGAUCUCUUCCAAUAUCUAGCAAGAGCUGCAUCAAUGCUGUGCGGGCAAGAGGAGCUCAAGAAGACAGGUGGUGCUUCGACUUCGACAACGAAGUCAAACGGAGACCUCGAGAAGGCUGACGAUGGGACCUCAUACCGUCUGCUGCCCUUUGCUAACGAGAUCUUCGACAAACAUCUGGCUCCGGUCCAUCUCAAGGUAGCCAAGUCGGACGGUAAAGUCGACUCAACAUCGGCAGUGAUCUUCCGUGAGGUCACGAAUUGGCGCAACACUAAGCCGAUUCAAUCCAAGAGCGGCCCAGUUGUCAAAGACGAGAAGGCAGCAAAGAAGGCGCUCCGCCGUAACCAAUUUUUCAUGGCAGAAAUGACGACCUACGCUGCUAGUCUCACCAACGCAGUCGGAAGGGCACUCGAACCGGAGACAAUCCAUAUUGGCGGCGCAUCGAAACCAAGCACGCCUGUACCUUCCAGACCAGCAACACCCAGCCAGGACCCAGCGGACAAGAAGGGAAAGAAGGCGGGCGGCAAGCCUGGCGGCAAGAACAAGAAUCAGGCCAAGCAAGACAUGCUAGCGAACAUUGCAGCAAGUUCAAAGCGCAAGGAUGAGGACACUGCAGAGAAGCAAACAAAAGCGUGGGUUGUCUUUUGCGAUGGCCUGGAGAAACAAGCAGAUCUGCCUUCGCGUUACGAAAAGGCAAAGAAGUACCUUGUCAACCUCAAUACUGACAUCAAGCGGAAGGCUUUGGAGGCGGAAGUUCGUCUCUACAUGCUAAAUGUGCUAUUGAAGAUGUGGAUUGAGCACUGCCGGAAGGAUGACAAGGAGGAAGGUCUUUACACUGCCGCUCUUAUCUUUGACGCUGUCAGAGCUAGCUGCGGGUUGUCCAGUGUGACGAAGACCAUCGCUGCCUGCCUCAAGACCACCAUUGAUCGGUUGAAGCUCCCGUCUCUCCAGGUACCAUCAAUUGAGGGCGACCGGAAAUUGGCUUUUCCGUUCGUGCUGGAUGAGACAUCAAGCGCCGAUCUUGCCUUGAGUCUCUCGCCAGAGGAGUUUCAGCUUCUCUACUGCGGACCUUACUUCGACCGAACCAUGGACUCCGCUCCGGACCCUCGUGUACCCUUCGAGCCAGAUGCGUGGCAGCGGAAGGUUUUGGACGAGAUCGACGCUCGCCGCAGUUUGCUUGUCGUAGCCCCAACUUCAGCCGGUAAAACGUUCAUUUCGUUCUACGCCAUGAAGCAGGUCCUAGAGUCCAACAACGAAGACGUCCUGGUAUAUGUGGCUCCAACCAAAGCGCUUGUCAACCAGAUCGCAGCCGAAGUCCAAGCUCGUUUCUCCAAGAACUACAAGUACGCCAACUCGGUCUGGGGGAUCCACACUCGUGACACCCGCGUCAACAACCCUACUGGCUGCCAGAUCCUGGUCACUGUCCCCCAUAUUCUUCAGAUCAUGCUGCUCGCGCCUACUAACGCCAGGGGCUGGUCCGAGCGAGUAAAGUGGAUCAUCUUCGACGAAGUCCACUGCAUUGGACAAGCUGAAGAUGGUCUGAUUUGGGAGCAGCUGCUUCUCAUGGCACCCUGCCCUAUUAUCGCCCUUUCUGCCACCGUGGGCAACGCGGAGGCCUUCAGUGACUGGCUCUCCUCAACACAGAAAGCGGCUGGCAACGAUCUGACCAUGGUCCAGCACAAGCACCGUUACUCAGAUCUCCGAAAGUUCCUGUACGUUCCACCAAAAGACGCAGCAAAGCGUGUUGCAGCGGCCCUCCCCUUGUCGACCAACCGUACAUUUGCCCGUCUGGGUCUGGACGAUGUUCCCAACUUCACCUUCAUGCAUCCUGUUGCCAGUUUGACAAACAGGAGACGUGGCAUGCCGAGCGAUUUCUCCCUGGAAGCAAGAGACUGCUACUUCCUCUGGCAAAGCAUGUCAAAGCACCAGACCCCAGAGUAUCCCGUCGACAAAUCUCUCACGCCUGCAGCCGUGCUUCCAAAGGUUAUGCGCAAGGCGGAUAUCAUCAGUUGGGAGUCCGGUCUUAAGGAUUUGCUUGCUCAGUGGAUGGCAGACGAGAAGUCUCCAUUUGAAGCUGUGCGCAAGGACUUCAGUACCUCGGUCACCAAGUCUGCUCUUCAGAUCAACGACAGCACCGUUGAGCCGGUCAAGGAGAACCUCGAGGUUGACGACCCAGCGAGUAACCAUGAUGUGGACAACAUCUUGCCCCUUCUCACAGAGCUCCAUCAGCAGGAUGCUCUCCCUGGUAUCAUCUUCAACUACGAUCGCGCGGUGUGCGAGAGGAUGUGUCGCACCGUCCUGACACAACUCGAGGAAGCCGAGACUGAGUGGAAGAAGACGAGCCCCAAGUGGGCGGAGAAGCUACGCGAGUGGGAAGAAUACAAGAAGGAGGUUGCGCGCCGCGCCAAACAGGGUGUGCGCGCAGCGAAGGGUACGACCAAGGAGGAGCAGAUGAUGGAGGCUGCCAACCGCGAGGUCAGCCCCUUUGCCACCUUCAACCCAGAUAGGCCGCUUGAGGGCUUCCACUUUGCGGACAGCAAGAAGCUGUCCAGCGAAGAGAUUCUCAGCCAUGAAAAGGAGCUUCGCUACCGCGGUGUCGACGAGGUGUUCAUCCAGGGUCUCCAGCGCGGUAUCGGUGUCCAUCACGCAGGUAUGAACCGCAAGUACCGUUAUGCCGUCGAAGUGUUGUUCCGCAGGGGUUACUUGAAGGUUGUUAUUGCAACGGGUACUCUUGCGCUUGGUAUCAACAUGCCGUGUAAGACUGUCGUCUUCUCUGGCGACUCCAUCUUCUUGACAGCGCUCAACUACCGCCAAGCAGCUGGUCGUGCAGGUCGUCGUGGCUUUGACUCGCUUGGUAACGUGGUCUUCCAUGGAGUCUCUCUCAGCAAGAUCAACAAGCUCAUCAGCUCCCGUCUGCCUGACCUGAACGGACAUUUCCCUAUCACGACAACCCUAGUCCUGCGUCUGUUCGCCCUCCUGCACGACUCGGAGAAUUCGCCGUUUGCUCUGCGCUGCAUCAACGCGCUGUUGUCCCAGCCGCGUGUGUACCUCGGUGGCGAAGAGUCAAAGAUGACAGUCCUUCACCACUUGCGUUUCUCUAUCGAGUAUCUUCGUAGGCAGUCGUUGCUAGACUCCGCUGGAGCACCGCUCAACUUUGCCGGUGCUGUCAGCCAUCUGUAUUUCACAGAGAACUCGUCCUUCGCGUUCCACGCACUGCUGAAGAAUGGCUACUUCCACGAGCUGUGCGACAAGGUGAACACAUCUCAGGAGCUAGUCUUGCGUGAGCUUAUGCUUACGAUGUCGCACCUGUUCGGCCGUCUCCAGUGCAGACAGGCUGACGAAGAAUUUGUGCAAGAAGUCGUUAAGGGCAGUCCAUCAGUUGUGUUCCUGCCAAACAUGCCUGAGAACGCAGUCAACGUCUUGCGUAAGCACAACGAUCAAACUCUCGACAUCUUUACCUCCUACGUUCGCACAUUCGUCGAACAACACAUUCAGGAGCCCGACAACACGCUGCCCCUGACCUCGACCGUCGUCGGCGGCAGCUCAAACAAGAGUCCAGCGCCUCACAAGGUCCGCUCCUCCUUCGUCGCACUCUCUGGCCACAACGACUCUUUCGCCUCCAUUCACGAGCUCUGCACAACCAGCCGUUCAGGCGUCUUCCUCGAAGAGGCCGUCGUGCCCUACGUCGGCAUCUAUCCCGAGGAUUCCGAUCUGCCUCUCAACGCGUACCUGUACGACUUUUUCAUGCACGGCAACGCCGAUGCUGUCGUCACCACGAACCGCAUUCGCCGCGGUGACAUCUGGUUUGUGCUCAACGACUUCAGUAUGGUGCUCGCCACCAUCGUGACUAGCUUGACGAACUUCAUGAACCUCGGCACCGAGUCCGACCUCGACUUCAUCGACGUCCGCGGCGGCGGUGACGACGAUGAGGAGGACCUCGAAGACAAGCUUCAGGGUGUCGCGGAUGAUCAACAGGGACCUGCGACUGGCACCCAGGGUGCGAGGGGACCGGCGGCGCAGCAGAAUCUGCCCGUUCAGCUGGCCAAGAAGAAGAAGAAGGUUGUCGAUUCUUGGGACGAAGAUGCCGAGAGCAGCAGCGAGGGAGAGAACUGGGAUGAUGGCGAGGAGAGCGAAGAGGAGGCUGAGGUUGCCUGGGAUGAGAAGACGGGCUUGCUCAACGUGCUCAAGGCGUUCAAGCUGUUGAAGGCCGACUUCGACACCAAGUUCAGGGCCAUGUGGGCUUAGUUGUUCGUUUAGAUAUGCGGGUCUACGAAGUGACGAUCGUGUGUAGAAUGACAAAAUAGUACAGGAAAUGCAAUAUCUGGAAUACUC